GAUUCAAUAGAAAUACUUGAAACACAAGUUAUAAAUAUUAUGAACAAAAGGCAGUCAAACAGUUGUGUGGAAAACGUCAAAAUGCGCGUCAUAGUGAUUGCGUUAGUAUUAGGAGUAGCUGCAGUCACUGCAAUUCCCACAAAUACACAGAAGAUAAUAGGUGGUUCUGCCACCACCAUCAGCCAGCAUCCUGAGAUAGUAUCACUAUUGUACUCAUACUGGGGAUCCAGCUACUACCAGGUGUGUGCUGGAACCAUUCUUAAUAUGCGCUCCAUCUUGACUGCAGCACAUUGUGUUGCAGGAGAUUCUCCAACACAAUGGCGCAUUCGAGCGGGAUCAUCUUACUCUCUCAGUGGAGGCACAGUUUACAGCAUUGUGUCUAUUAUCUCUCAUGCUAAUUACAGUAAACCAAUAGCUCAUGAUAAUGAUGUUGCUAUACUGCGCACGUCUUCUAAUAUCGUCUACAGUACUGUAGUAAAGGCUGGAAGUAUAGCGGGAGCUAAUUACUACUUGGCUGACAAUCAAGUUGUCUGGGCAGCUGGCUGGGGAACCACUGCUGUUGGAGGAUCGACAGUAGACCAACUGCGGCACGUUCAAAUCUGGUCUGUCAAUGCUGACAUCUGCAAGAGUCGCUACGCUCGGAGCGGGUACAUCGUGACAGACAACAUGUUAUGCUCCGGCUGGUUGGACGUGGGUGGCCGCGAUCAGUGCCAGGGUGAUUCUGGUGGCCCACUCUUCCACAAUGGCGUCGUAGUCGGUAUCUGUUCCUGGGGCCUCCAGUGCGCGCUGCCUGAGUACCCUGGCGUCAACACUCGUGUCUCCAGAUUCACGCCAUGGAUUCAAGCUAACGCUUAGAAAUUGAUUUCUAUGAAUUUAAAUAUUAUAUUUUUUCGACAUCGUGGUGUUAUAAAAUUAUAAAAAUUGACGAUAGAUUUCUUUUGAACUGUCGAUUAAUUGACAAGAUAAGAUAAAUUGAUAUUGUU